AUGACAAUAUAUAAACCCUGCAAAAGAGGGCUGACAACAGCCACUUUCUUCACUGCCUUGACAAAGGAGUCACCAGCAAUGAAACUCCACAUUGCAGCUCUCCUGGUCAUUUUCUGGCUUGGCAUGUUCACCAUGCACACAGUGCAAGGGAGCAUUGCAAGUCAAUCCAUGCGCAAAUAUAGCUGUGAAAGUCUAACAGCAAAGCGACUGCACAUCAAAAACCUUGUCAGCUAUGAGAAUAUACGAGGCCCAAUAGAGGCUAUCAUGUUUAUCACCAGAAGAGGUGUCCGGAUCUGUGUAAAACCUGACCACAAACAGGCACAGCAGGCUAUGAAGGAAAUAGCUCAAAGACGUGCCACCAAAGACAGAUGAGCCUGUUGAAGCAAGCGUCUAAGGCCAACUAGGUGGAAUCAUAGCCACUCCUGCACAU